AUGAACAACUCCACCAUCCAUUGUUUAGGAUUGACGCUUUUUCCAAACACACGUUUUUCCUGUCUCUAUGCCAUCUACACAGAAACACCAGAACGCAGAAGGAUCAACGCGUUGUUUGUCAUUGUUCUGGUGACCCUGUUCUUGGCUUUUGUGCACUUCUUCAUGUCGAUUGCUUUACUCUACGGUGCCAUCAAGGACGUAUUCAAUGAGCAGUUAACAAUGUCCGUCGCCGAAUUCGUUAUGUCGUUAGCAGUUAACGGAAUCUGCCUGAUCGUUGUGAUCUUCUUCUACUGGAGGCUCAUUGGCAGACUUACCUCAGAUAAACCGGCACAUUCUCGAGGCGCUUCUCGGAGUAGAGCUGUGAGUUAA